AUGGUGGCGGCCGCUGCGGUGGAUCACCACAGGCCGUACUGGGAAGACGCCAAGGGGCUGUCGAACGCGGCCGAGGUGGAGCUGCUGCGGGAGAAGGUUUACGCCUCGCUCGAGUCCUACUGCAAACAGAAAUACCCCGAGCAGCAGGGCAGGUUUGCCAAGCUGCUGCUGCGGCUGCCGGCGCUGCGCUCCAUCGGCCUCAAGUGCCUGGAGCAUCUUUUCUUCUUCAAACUCAUCGGGGACACCCCCAUCGACACCUUCCUCAUGGAGAUGCUCGAGGCUCCCCACCAGCUCUCCUGAAUUCCCAAAUUCCCAACCCUUUCCCGCUUUUUGGGUUUUUUUUUUUAGGAAUUUUUAUUUCCCCUUUCCUUCCCCGAAAAAAUCCCGAUUUUUUUUUUUCGCUUUUUUUUGGCGUUUUCGGCUCCGUUUUUCCUUCCCCUCGUUGCUCCCUAUGGGUGCUCAAGGGGGUGAAAUUUGGGAAAAUCUCCCUCAAAAAUAACCUGGAAAGAAUUCCCGACUUUUCCCCAAUUUUCCCUGAUUUUUCCUGAUUUUUUCCCAAUUUUUCCCCAUUUUUCCCAUUUUUUCCCCAUUUUUUUUCCCAAUUUUUUGGCGUUUUCGGCUCCGUUUUUCCUUCCCCUCGUUGCUCCCUAUGGGUGCUCAAGGGGGUGAAAUUUGGGAAAAUCUCCCCAAAAAUAACCUGGAAAGAAUUCCCGACUUUUCCCCAAUUUUCCCUGAUUUUUUCCCAAUUUUUCCUGAUUUUUUCCCAUUUUUUUUCCCAAUUUUUUGGCGUUUUUAGCUCCGUUUUUCCUUCCCCUCGUUGCUCCCUAUGGGUGCUCAAGGGGGUGAAAUUUGGGAAAAUCCCCUCAAAAAUAACCUGGAAAGAAUUCCUGACUUUUCCCCAAUUUUCCCCAAUUUUUCCCAAUUUUUUCCCAAUUUUUACUCCUUUUUUUCCCCACUUU